UGCACCAGGUUCAUCUCAGGACCCUGCUUCUUAUUCCCAUAGAUAUUCCAACCAAUCAGACAGGAAGCCACAAGUGUUGGCCAAUCAGAAAAAGGAUAGAAAACAGACACGCUAAAUGCUCCUUUUUUACUUCCGGUUUAUUCUCGGUCCAUCUGAAAACUGACCAUCAGGACCAUGGAUGAUCAGGACCCGGGGGUUUCGACGCUGGGCGGAGAAGGGCGGUGUCAGUGUAAAAAAAGGUUCUGAGUCGCGGACAUGGAUGGACACUCGAGUUCCGGGCCCGUCACGGUGCUGCUGCUCGCCGCCCUCACGAGCUCCGCGCUGGGCCAAAGUCCACUGUACUUCGAGGAGGGAAAACCCCUGGUCCUGACUCCUCCGAAGCACAAAGACGUCAUCACCAGCGUCGUGUGGACCCACAACACGAGCCUGGUGGUGGAGUGGAGGAAUAAUGAGCUGGAGUUCUACAGGUCGUUUAAAGGACGGACCGAGCUGGACCAGAGCACCGCACAACUGACCGUCCACAAUGCCACGCAAAGCGACGCGGGGGAAUACACGGUGGAGAUCAACAACCGGCAGCAGAGUCAAGUGUACACGGCUAAAGUGAUCAAGAGGGUGACCAAGCCCAAGGUGGUGGUGAGGACUCUGACAUGCGGCCCCACAUCCAGCAAAUGUAACUUCACCUGUCAGGGAGACUCGGCCGGGGCUCAGCCCCUCACCUACAGCUGGAAGAAGGACUCAGGUGAGUGGGAGCCGGAGCAGCAGAGCAUGGACCUCUUCUUCAAUGACACGAAGACGAAGCGUGUAAAACAGAUCUCGUGCAGGAUGAAGAACCCAAUCAAUGAAGAGGAGAGCGACCCUCUUUAUAACCCAAUGUACAACAAGGGACUUUUGUCUCAAGGCGAGCUGGCUGCAGUUAUCUGCUCCCCCAUCAUUGUUGUGGUCUUGGCUGGACUUGGACUGUUAAUCGACCCCUGAAUGAAAAGCCAAACUAGAGAGAUUUACAUUCCUCCAACAAGGCCAUCAGUCUGUCUCACUAUGAAACACAGAGACUGAAUCUUCAAGGGCAGUCAAAGUCUCUAGUGUAGCAGAAAGAGAUGAAAGUUCUCUUAAUCAACCCCUGAAUGAAGACCAAGGCCAUCAGUCUGCCUCACUAUGAAACACCGAGCGGAAGAAAAAAAUCCAAGAUUCGCCCCAAAAUGAAUUGAGCUCUUUCUUAAGUCGUGCCCCCGCCCUCCUCUAAACUUCACAGGACUCUGUUCAGUGGUUUCUUCGUGUUUCUGCUAAGGAGCAAACGCAGGCAAAACCACGACCUCCGUCCAGCUGAUGAAGCUCCAGCAUCACAUCUGGUCUCCGGUGCCUUGAACAACUCGACUGUUCAUCCCUGAAUUCACAACAGUAGAGCUUAGGGCAGAAGCUGAGACAUUUUAUAAUCUCACUAUAUUGUCCCUUAUUUAUUUUUUUGAGCUACCACCUCUGUACAGGCUGUAGCUGUAUGGUAUUAAAAAUAUGAGAUGGGUGAGAAAAAUAAUUCAGUUACUGCCCGUCUCAAUUCAUACUAUCAAAGUGGUGGAAGAAAUUAUGCAUUUUUUUUUAACCAAACUAUUAAAAACAGUCCAGAAAUAUUAUUUAACUAUGUUAUGUAAAGUCAGGAUAUCAAAAUGAAAUUGAGCUGCUUUCAGACCUUUACUAAACUGAUAUUCAGAUGAAAUGUUCUGGAAGUUCUGUAUGUGAGAACAAAUGUCUGAGCCAGUGUCUCCCUGCAGCCUCCGAGUAAAAUGUCUUCACAUGCUUCAACUUGUGAAUUCAUAUCUUAGCAGACACGUUUCCAUGGACACCAAUAUUCUGACCUUAACCAGAAUAAGACAAUCAGAAUAAGGCACUGCAUGUAAAGGGCAUGUUCUGAUGAAUUGAGCCUGAAUGAGAUCAUACUCAGACUAAUCAAUUAUCAAACUAAGAACUAUGGAGUAUUCUGACUUUAGUCUCAUUAUGUUUAUGUGUUAAUCUCAUUAUAAUGUCCCAUUGGAGGUUUCAAUGCAUUUCUUGUCAUGGACAUGCAACAGUUACCAACUAAUCAUAUGUGUCCUGGAUUUGAGUGUAAACAAGUUGUAAAUACAGAGGAGUUGAAAGUUUGUUAAAACCAAACAGAAAACUCUCAGACGGGUAAAUGACAGUAUCAGGAAUUAAAUAAUUCCAGUGUGGAGUUUUAAAAUUCUAGUGGGAAUGUCAGACGAAUGACAUAGUGGACUCAAUGUUGACAUGUGACAUCAUCAGUGUAACAAGUCACCAAGAUUAUGAAUGGAAUAUUCUAUUAGCAAUGUGUUUCAACAUUAUAUUCAUAUUAUUGUCUUAUUCUGAAUAAGGCCAUAGUCAAUGUUUUGGUGUCCAUGUAGAUGCAAUUGCUAAUAUUAUAACUUCCUAAAUAUUUGUUGAUGGAGUAUUAUUGUGAUGGAAACUGGAAUGAGUAAUUCUAAGUUGUACAUCUGAGUAAAUGAUCUUCAUUACCUUCCACCGCUGAUAGGCGUUGGACUAGUGGCAGAAAGUUUGACUAUGGACAGAAAAUCCGACGUGGUCUCUGGUUUGACUCCAACAAAAAAAAAAAACAUACCUGGACGGACAACACCUGGAUUUGUUCCCCACUGUCAAAGUUCCUACCCCACCCCACUGUCUAAGUGCCCCUGAGCAAGGCACCUUAUUCCCCUAAUACCUGCUCCCCGGGGCGCCGUGCAUGGCUGCCCACUGCUCUGUGUGUCCUCCUGUGUUCACCAGUCAUAGCAGAGAACAAAUUUCCCCCCUUGCAUGUCGUGUGUGUGUGUGUGCAUGUGUGUGGGACUAAUAAAAGUAUCUUGUAUCUUACGACUAUGACUGAACCGUGUAAACUGAAGGAUAAAGUAGUUGAUGGCUUAUUAUGUGCAAUCUUAUGUAUGUUGUUAACUAAUGUUUCUUCAUUUUAUCAAUUUUUAUCCUUCACUCGAGGCAGAAGAAUUGAGCUUAUUUUUAAAAGCGCAGGUUGUCGUGAGUCAGAAUCAUUUUUCUGAUAUUUUCCCCACAAUAUCCACAUACAAGGUCAAUGUGAAACAUUAAGACACCUUUGUGUGUUUUAAAUUCAACAACUAAGUCAUUAUCUAACUAUUACCAUGUUUUAUGCACUGACUGCUUCUGUGUAUUUAAAGUUAAUCCCUGUCGUCUCUGAAAAACAUCUUCCUCUCUUAACAAAAUGGAAAUCUGUUACGGAAACUUCCAUUUUGUCUUUUAUCUAUAGUUUCUCACAUUUUAAAUGUUUGAAGCUGUAGAGUUGUGUGCCUUGAAAUAAAAUUAAUUUUGUUGUGAUAGAA